AUGGCGUACCUCGAUGACUGGUACGCCAAGAUGUCGAAGAGCGUCGGCGGGGAAAAGCGCGGGAGCCACCGCCGGUUCUUCCACCAAGGGUACGGCGACAUGCACGCGGCGGCGAAGAUUUACGAGGAAUGUAUCGCGUCCGUGACGACAGGCGAGCCCGUGAAGCCGAUAACGCUGCGUUGGGACGCGGACUUCGUCGACGUGCCGAUCUUAGCCGGGUGCCUCCAGCCCUCCGCGGACGCGCCCGGAUACCCGCUGUACAGGGAAGCGGAAUUCGACUCCCCGGGUGCGAAGUACAUGCCCGAGGAGAGCAAGGUCGGGAACAUGCUGUUCAUCUGGCGCACGGGGAAGAAGCCGCCAUCGAAAAUCGCGAUACACCUCCCGACGACCGGGGACCAGUACUUUUGGUAUCGAAAACAGCUCGCGAAGGACCUCCUGAAGCACGACGUCGCGUCGUGCAUCCCGAUGUUCCCGUACUACGGCAAAAGGAAACCCCCCGGGCAGUACUUACAUCUCCUCACGUCCGUCAGCGCGUUCAUAACGCAAGUGUGCGGCGGCAUCAUGGAAGCCGCGGGCAUCGCGGCGUGGGCCAACGCGGCGUACCCGGGGGCCAAAGUCGUCAUGACCGGCGUGUCCCUGGGCGGCAGCGUCGCAAACGUCGCCGCGGUGAUCGCCGCGGGGAACUGCGAUACCGGCGUCGGGUCGUGCCCGGUCGUCGCGACAUCGUCCGCGACGUCGUUCCUGACUGGGGUGUUACACAACAGGAUCGCGUGGAACGUCCUGAGCGAGGCGGAGGACGCCGUCGCGGACGAGAUCAAAGCCGUCGUCGCGGCGUCGCUCGACGUCGGCGAGAAGUCGAAACCGGUCAUCCACGCGAACGAAAAGGGGCUGCCGCUGACGCCGACGGAGGCUGCGCUCGCGGACACGAUGGACUGCCUGUCCAUGUCGACGAUGAUCCGGCUCAUGGAGCAAGGGCAGAGAUCGCACGGCGUGGAGAUGCCGAUGCUGGACGCGGUGACGCAAGUCACCGCGAGGAAAGACCGGUUCGUGGGGUCGCACUCGGACGAGCUCCACGCGGUGUUGCGCGGGCUGACGGACCCGCGAGGGGAGUGCGAGCGGGUGGAGGUGAACGGCGGGCACAUAUCCACGCUGUUCAAGCGCGGGGAGACGAUCGUCCCGGCGAUCGCGUCCACGUUCGAGAAGGUGGCGAGCACGCUCGCGGCGAGGGGGGGCGGGGCGGAGAGAGAGAGAGUGACGACGCCGGAGCAGGGCGACCGCGAGCCGGCGGCGGCGCGGGACUUCAACUUCGUCCGCUUCGGUUUCGUCUUCGCGGUGGUCUUCUUCGCCGCGACGUCGAACAUCCCGAGCACGUCGUCGUCGCCGCCGUCGUCGCCGUCGUCCGUCGCCGCCUUCCCUUUCUUCCCCCCUCGCUUCUUCGCGUCGACGACCUCCUCCUCCUCCUCCUCCUCCUCCUCGGACUCGUCGUCUUCCUCCUCCUCGGACUCGGACUCGUCCUCGUCCGACCCCGUCGGGGCUAACACUCCCACGGGCGCGUGCGCCUCUCUCGCGUCCACGUCCUCGUCCUCGUCGCUGUCGCUGUCGCUGUCGUCCUCCUCCACCUCCAUGACGUCGUCGCCGCCGUCGUCCUCCGUCUUCGUCGUCAGAUGGUCUUUCCUCCCGGGUAACCCAAAGUCGCCCAAGCUCGCCGCCGCCUCCGCGCCGUAA